CGGAAGUGACGUUUUCCCGCGGUUGGACGGUGGCGCUAGUUGCCGGGCGGGAGGCUUGUCGGUUUUUCUCAGGGGACAUUCAUAUUAUUUUUGUAACGGGAGUCGGGAGAGGACGGGGCGUGCCCCGACGUGCGCGCGUCCUCCCGCCUCGGCUUUCCUCACUGCUCCACAGCUCCAGCUCUGGCAGGGCGUCAUGCCGCCCAAAAUCCUCCGGAGAGCAGCCACCGCCAAUGCUGCCGCAUCCCAGGCGGCGCCGCCGCCGCCGCCUCCACCGCCCCCUCCGGAGGAUGACCCCGAACAAGACAGUGGCUCUGAGGACUUGCCUCUGGCUAGGCUUGAGUUUGAAGAAACUGAAGAACCGGAUUUUACUGCAUUAUGUCAGAAAUUAAAGAUAUCAGAUCAUGUCAGAGAAAGAGCUUGGUUAACUUGGGAGAAAGUUUUGUCUGCAGAUGGAGUAUUGGAAAGUUAUAUUCAGAAGAAAAAGGAAUUAUGGGGCAUCAGUAUCUUUAUUGCAGCAGUUGAGCUAGAUGAAAUGCCAUUUACUUUUACUGAGCUACAGAAAAACAUAGAGAUCAGUGUCUACAAAUUCUUUGACUUACUAAAAGAAGUUGAUACCAGUACCAAAGUUGAUAAUGCUAUUGGAAGACUGUUGAAGAAGUAUAAUGUAUUAUGUGCACUCUACAGCAAAUUAGAAAGGACAUGUGAACUUAUAUAUUUAACACAACCGAGCAGUUUGAUUACUACCGAAAUAAAUUCUGUGUUGGUGCUAAAAGUUUCUUGGAUCACAUUUUUACUAGCUAAAGGAGAAGUAUUACAAAUGGAAGAUGACCUGGUGAUCUCAUUUCAGUUAAUGCUGUGUGUCCUUGACUAUUUUAUCAAACUUUCACCUCCUGCAUUGCUCAAAGAACCAUAUAAAACAGCUGUAAUACCUAUUAAUGGUUCACUUCGAACACCAAGGCGAGGUCAGAACAGGAGUGCACGGAUAGCAAAACAACUAGAAAAUGAUACAAGAAUUAUUGAAGUUCUCUGUAAAGAACAUGAAUGUAAUAUAGAUGAGGUGAAAAAUGUUUAUUUCAAAAAUUUUAUACCUUUUAUGAAUUCUCUUGGAAUUGUAUCUUCUAAUGGACUUCCUGAGGUGGAAAGUCUCUCUAAACAAUAUGAAGAAAUUUACCUUAAAAACAAAGAUCUAGAUGCAAGAUUAUUUCUAGAUCAUGAUAAAACUCUUCAGGCUGAUCCUACAGACAGUUUUGAAAUGCAGAGAACACCACGAAGAUGUAACCCUGAUGAAGAGUUAAAUGUGAUUCUUCCCCAGACUCCAGUAAGGACUGUUAUGAAUACAAUUCAACAAUUAAUGAUGAUCUUAAAUUCAGCAAGUGAUCAACCAUCAGAAAAUCUGAUUGCCUAUUUUAAUAACUGCACAGUGAAUCCAAUGGAAAGUAUCCUGAAAAGAGUGAAGGACAUUGGAUACAUCUUUAAAGAGAAAUUUGCUAAAGCUGUUGGCCGGGGAUGUAUAGAUAUUGGGUCACAGCGAUACAAACUUGGAGUUCGAUUGUAUUAUCGAGUAAUGGAAUCCAUGCUUAAAUCAGAAGAAGAGCGAUUAUCCAUUCAAAAUUUUAGCAAACUCCUGAAUGACAACAUCUUUCAUAUGUCUUUGUUGGCAUGUGCUCUUGAAGUUGUAAUGGCUACAUAUAGCAGAAGUACAUCUCAGAAUCUUGAUACUGGAACAGAUUUGUCCUUCCCAUGGAUUCUGAAUGUACUUAAUUUAAAAGCUUUCGAUUUUUACAAAGUGAUUGAAAGUUUUAUCAAAGCAGAAGCCAACUUGACCAGAGAAAUGAUAAAACAUUUAGAACGAUGUGAACAUCGAAUCAUGGAAUCCCUUGCAUGGCUCUCAGAUUCACCUUUAUUUGAUCUUAUUAAACAAGCAAAGGACCGAGAAGGAUCAGCUGACCACCUUGAGUCUGCUUGUACUCUCAACCUUCCUCUCCAGAAUAAUCAUACUGCAGCAGAUAUGUAUCUUUCUCCUAUAAGAUCCCCAAAGAAAAAAGGGUCAACUACACGUGUAAAUUCUACUGCAAAUACAGAGGCACAAGCAACCUCAGCCUUCCAGAUUCAGAAGUCAUUGAAAUCUACCUCCCUUUCACUCUUUUAUAAAAAAGUGUACCGACUAGCAUAUCUUCGACUAAAUACCCUGUGUGCACGUCUUCUGUCUGACCACCCAGAACUAGAACAUAUCAUCUGGACUCUUUUCCAGCACACACUGCAAAAUGAGUAUGAACUCAUGAGAGAUAGGCAUUUGGACCAGAUUAUGAUGUGUUCCAUGUAUGGCAUAUGCAAAGUAAAGAAUAUAGACCUUAAAUUCAAAAUCAUUGUAACAGCUUAUAAGGAACUCCCUCAUGCUGUUCAGGAGACAUUCAAACGGGUUUUGAUCAGAGAAGAGGAAUAUGAUUCUAUUAUAGUAUUCUAUAACUCAGUCUUUAUGCAGAGACUGAAAACAAAUAUUUUGCAGUAUGCUUCCACCAGGCCCCCUACUUUGUCACCCAUACCUCACAUUCCUCGAAGCCCCUACAAGUUUUCCAGUUCACCUUUACGGGUUCCUGGAGGAAACAUCUAUAUAUCACCCCUGAAGAAUCCAUGUAAGAUUUCAGACGGUUUGCCAACACCAACAAAAAUGACUCCAAGAUCAAGAAUCUUAGUAUCCAUUGGUGAAUCAUUUGGGACUUCUGAGAAGUUCCAGAAAAUAAAUCAGAUGGUGUGUAACAGUGACCAUGUGCUCAAAAGAAGUGCAGAAGGAAGCAACCCUCCUAAACCACUAAAAAAACUGCGCUUUGAUAUUGAAGGAUCAGAUGAAGCAGAUGGAAGCAAACAUCUCCCAGGCGAGUCCAAAUUUCAACAGAAACUGGCAGAAAUGAUUCUUCAUCUUUUUUCCAGCAUCUACUCGAACACGAAUGCAAAAGCAGAAAAUGAAUGAUAGCAUGGAUAUCUCCAACAGGGAAGAAAAGUGAGGAUUGCAUGGCUUUGGUGGCAGUGUUCACCUCUGGCUUCAUUAUCUCACAGAUCUAACUGUAUAACUCUCCCAGGUUCUGUUUACAGCCACAUUUAAUACCUAUCUUCAACUCUCUCUGGAUAUAAAGUGCACAGGUGCAGGUGAUUCCCAAGUCAUUUGCAAUGCUGUAGUUGAUAGAAUAUACGUUGUUAUUGUACAAGAUUGAAAAUGUUGUGUAAAACCUGCCAUUUAAAAAGUUAUAGCAGAUAUUUCUAUUUUCAAAGGAUGCCUGGGAGUGGGAGUCCCAACAACCCAUGCCUGUCUGAAUACUUUGUUUUCUCUUGUGGCAUAUGUGUGAUAUUUGCUAUUAUUUUUAUUAAUUUAUAUUUAUUUUUUAAUUUAACAUAAACACCCUUAGAAAGUAUAUCUUGUCUUCCAAAUACAAUUUGGCUGACUGCCCCUUACCCAAAUGAUCCUGAAUUCUUCAUCUAAAACAGAUAUUAGAAACUAGAAAAUAAUUACAAAUUUUUACAUAUUAGGUUUUAGUUUACCAAUAGAACCUGAUGUAUUGUGUGUUUGUUUUAUAAAGUUUAGCUUUUAAAUACAAGCAGAAAGCAAACUAUAAACAUAGGAUGUUGUCAUACUACUGAUACAGAUUUCAUACCUCAGGACUUCUAAGAAUUUGAUUCUUUUCUUCACCCAACUCAUGCUUUAAAAUUAAGGUUAUUAAUAGUAUUCUUAGUUUUUAUACCAUUCAGAUUACUGAAUUCAUACAGUAUCCAUCUAGUACUUGGAAGAUGAAGUGUUCAGCUAUGGGUUUGCUAUAGAGGACCCUAAUAACAGUAUAUACAAAGUAUACUUUGUAAUGUUUCUGGGUCCUGAAAAAUCAAGAUUCAAAGUAAUUUUACUCUAUAAAUAAGACUGUUAACUAUAAGAGUCUUAAUAUUUUUCUUAAAGAUUCACCUAAUUGCAUAUCAGCAAUUAUAGUGUUCUUCUUAAUUUGGGAAGGUGUGUGUGUUCUCUGAAAUGAUACAUGGCUUCCAUGUAUCUUUAGAGCCGGCAUCCAUCUAUCAUUUAUUGAUUUUAAGUGAGUAUGGUCUAACACUGGCACAUUCAAAGCCACAUUAUUUCCAGUUCAAAAUUUCAAAUAUGUAUUCAAAGGUCCUUGGGUUAGGCAUUAAUAUUUCUAAUAUUUUGCAAAUAUUUUAAAAUAGCUACAUUGUAAAAGUGGUGCUUUCCCUCCUGGCACCUAAGGUGUAUUUGAAAUAUCUUGUGUGAUUAACUUAUUUAGAAAUGGUAUAAUUUAAAAUAGAUGGUAUUUAAGACAGCAUCAACAAGCUUUUAGGAAAAUCACUUUGUCUAAACUCUUUGUAAAAAGAAAUCUGGUCUAAUAGAAAACAAAAUUUUAUUUUGUGCUCGAAGUUUCAAACUUUUUUUUUACAGUCAUCUUGGUAACAAGGAACUAGAAUGCUUUACCCCUUUUCCUCAUUAAUUUUUGCAUGAAUAUUGUACAAAUCAGUUAGCUUUUAGGUCAAGUGCUUACAGUAUUUCUGAGCCUUUUGCUAGUAAGUUCAUGUUAGAAUUAAUGCCUGAAUUUUAGGAAUUGCAGAGAUAGCAUAUUAAGAUUUCUUAAAUAAGGCUCCAGAUAUAGCUUUAUUGCUUUUUUGUAUUGCUUAAAACUGCACAUUUAAUACUGCUAUGUUACUAUUUUCUACAAUUAAUAGUUUGUCUAUUUUAAAAUAAAUUAGUUC